AUGCUUUCGCCCUUGUCGCCAUCGUGUCUGGAGCUUUCGAUCGCCCCGUUCCUCCAUUCGACCUUUGCUCUCUUUUGCCAAGCGCCGCCGACAAUUGCCCAUUGGACGCACGAGGGGACUGCAGUGGUGAUUCAUGACCUCCACCGCUUUGCCCACGAAAUGCUCCCGCGGUACUUUGGCCACUGCAACCUCGUGCUCUUUGUGCGCCAGCUCCACGGGUUUGGUUUCCGCAACUUUAAGAGCGCGUCGGGCGCGUGGGAGUUUUGUCACACGCACUUCGUGCUCGAGCAGCCCGAGCGCCUCCGCUACAUCCAGCGAGCCGACGAGGACGGCCCGACGUCGCUUCAGGUCGAGAUGAGCGAGAUCGGAGACCAAGUCUCGCACCUGACCGCGCUUGUGUCGCACUUGACCCAAGAGCGGCGGUGCUGCCUUGCAACCCAAGCGAGUACCGAAGACGCGGACCUCCUCGACGAAGUGUUUGAAAUCCUCGAGCUGCCGCAGCAGCCCCUCACUGUGGUUCCGAGCGGCAGCUGGGAUUACUAA